AUGAGCCAUCAGCCGCCGUAUCACGAUGCCGAGGGCGAGUAUGACAGCGCCGAUGUCGACGAACUCGCUCAGACCGUGGCGCAGACGCAUAUAUCGUACAGCAGUCAUCCCGAAGUACCCCGUACCCUGGACGCUGAGGGAGCCGUUGGAUAUACUGAUGAACACGCCGACCACUAUGAGUCCGGCGAUGCGGAAGGUUCGCACACGUUUGGCGAGCCUGUUGUGUAUGGUGUUUCCGGCGAGGGGUACGAUGACGAGGAGUACGAUGGGGAGGAGUACGAUGGGGAGGAGUACGAUGGGGAGGAGUACGAUGGGGAGGAGUACGAUGGGGAGGAGUACGAUGACGAGGAGUACGCACAAGCUGGCCAAGAAGAGGAGACCUUGUCAGGGGCAUUCAAUCCGGAAGCUUUUGACCCAAGGUUUCAUCUUGAUCCAGCAUAUCAGGUUUGCCCUGACGAGGACUGGUUCGUUGGCUCGAUCGUUAUGGUCCCUUGGGCAGAGCCCAAAGGACAGUCUCCGCCCAAGGGAAAGCAAGGCGGCACUUCACUUUACACACUGAGGGAAUUGGUCCACCAGUCCUUCCGGCGCAUGGUUGUCGUGAAGCCGGAAAAUGGCUCGUCUUUCUGCUGUCCUAUCUCCACGUAUGGAGCCCAAGGCUGCAAAAAGUCUAAGUGCAAGCCGGAGAAGCAUGGUGUCAUCUAUGAUGAUAAUUUGAACCCAGAGACAUUGAAAGAUGAGAAGAAGCUUGGUUUCAAACCAGUUGGGGCCACCAUGUAUGCCGGUCACACACUCGACCGGGCCUCUCGCCUCAACUAUGGCAACGGCUUCUGGGUUCAACACAACAUCCCAGUCAUGUUCAUCGGCCACAUCCCCGCUGACGUUAUGAAGCGAGUUAAGAGCGCUUACAAGCGCUUUAUAACGGAGGGCUCUGAAGAUGAGACGGAGCGGGCCGCGUCCUCGUCGAAAUCUAAGUCCAAAAAGUCAAAGAAGGAGGCCAUGCGCGGCGACUGGAACGAGACGAGGAAGAAGAAGAAGGAUGGCGAGGGCAGCAAUAGCAGAUCCAAGCGACGCUGA